CAUCAAUUUUAGCCCCUUUCCGGUUUGAAAAAUUGCACGCUUUACGUGUAAAGAUGUCUGGGCUGGAUGCUCUAGGUAUCCCGGGUGGCGAGGCUCUGAGAGAGGCACUGACCAACUGUUCUGACCCUCUUGGCGCCAUUGAGGAGUUUCAGAGUGAAAAUGGUGUCCUCCUUCCAUCUCUAAGACCAGCUCUUCCAUUCUUGGAUCUUCAUGGAGUCAGACGUCUGGAAUUUCAUGAAUCCAUCUUGGAGGAGCUUCGUGAGAAACUUGUCAAUGGGAUAUCUGAUUUAGCAAACAGUAACAGGGAGGACAAGAUCAAGAAGCUUGAGGAGCUCUUGGUAAAGAGUUUUCCUGUUAUCAAGGUGAAGACUGUCAGACCUGUUGUGAUGAACAUCCUCAAACAUCUGCCUCAGAUCAAAGAGGAAUACCUGACUCAGAUCCUGGACGACAAGGAGCUGUACACAGAGGCUGCCACUGAGGUCAAGCGACAGAUAUGGCAGGACAACCAGGCUCUCUUCGGAGACGAAGUCUCACCUCUGUUGCAGCAGUAUAUUGCUGAAAAAGAGAACUCUUUAUUGAGUCACGAAAACAGUGCAUUAUCCUUCUUCCUACCUAUGCCCAAAGUUAGACGUCAGUCAGAGGUUGUUCAAAAACUUGUCCAUAUGAUUGGUAAAAAUGUGAAACUUUAUGAUAUGGUGUUGCAGUUUUUACGGACCUUGUUUUUGAGGACACGAAACACACACUACUGCACAUUACGGGCCGAGUUGUUGAUGGCUAUUCAUGACCUGGAGGUGAAUGAGAUCUGUUCGGUGGAUCCGUGCCACAAGUUCACCUGGUGUGUGGAUGCCUGUAUUAGGGAGAGGAUUGUCAACACAAACAGGUCCCGAGAGCUGCAGGGUUUCUUGGAUGGGAUAAAGAAGGGGCAAGAAUUUGUACUGGGUGACCUGUCCAUGAUCUUAUGUGAUCCAUACGCCCUCAACACCAUCGCUCAGUCGGCCAUGAAGGUGCUCCUGUACUGUGUCAGCUCGGAAACACUACCGCGGGAGAACCACGAUCUGCAGCUGCUUGUACGGAUGAUCGCACUCGGUCUGGGAGCUUGGAAUAUGAUCGACAACCAGGUCUUCAGAGAACCAAAACAGGAAUCUCAGCUGUUCACCAAGUUCAUCCCCUGUAUUGUGGGGAUGGUGGUAGACGAUCAGAUCCGGGCAGUCAGCACCAAGCUGGAGGAGGGGUCGUGUGGGAUUCGGCCUCCGUCUGAGCUGUACUCCAUCUGUAUCAAGCUGAGCCCCAUCGCCAGCCUGUUUGCCAUGUACUACGCCCUCCACGUGGCUCGAUACAAGGACCGGGUCGCCGUCACACAGAUACUUCCUACACUCAUACACUGUGAGAAUGACCGGGCGUACGAUGACAUAUUCCUUCACUCACUCAUUUCCCAUCUUAUACACAUGGUCGACGACUUUGCGAUGAGCGAGGAGUUCUGUUCAGCUGUCUUUGAUGACUUCCUCCUGGUUGGUCUGUCGAAGGAGAAUGUGCUCCGUCACAUGCUUCGUCUGUUGUGGCACAUACAUCAUCGACUAUCGCAGACCAGACUGGAGAACCUGAUGGAAACAGUGCAUCCCAACAAUGAGCUGAGUGAAGCUGUGAGGACAACGUACCAGCAACUGAGUGAGAAGAUCAACACAUACAGCCCAAGUCCAGUAGCCCAGCCCGAGAAGCUGGACUCCCCUCUCAUGAGUGUACCUGCACCUACCCCUGCAGUUCCGGAUAGGAUGUGAGAUGACUUCCAUCUGUGUGCCUUCCAAAUUCAAGCUAGUCUGCUAGCCUGGGACACUAAAGUAUGCUGAGGAAUAGUGUAACGCAACUGAGGAAGUUUCUCAUUGACUGACAGAUUUUGAGAACUAUGUUUCUGAAUAAGUUCUGAGUUCUACCGUUUUGCUGCAAGCUGGAACUGAAUAAAACUGAACAAACAACUGAAAUAAUCUUAAGACUAGUCUUCUAGGACUUGUCUCUAGGACUGAAAGGAUAGUGUCAUCCAGUUUCUUCCUGACUCGGUGGUCGCUAGGACAUUGUCCUCUGUGAGUGACAUACAGAUACUAGCUCAAACCAUCCACUGCAGAACGAUUCAUGUCUCCCUCAACAGCAUAUGACUGGUGACAUUUGUGAUGGUGUAAAAUAUCUGAAUAAUAAUGACCAUAAGCUAUU